AUGCGUUCAAUCUCGCUUCGACUCAGCAAAAUGCCGCGACCCUCAAAGACUUCCAAAAGCUGUGGCCUGCAUCAGCUGGAGCCAGAGUGUCCGACAAUCUCGAUCUUCCGAAAUAAGACAACUCGUGGCUGGUGGCCGUUGACACAGAAAAUUGACGAGGAACUCGAAAUAAUGGGAAAAGUGGAAGUGGAACUGGAACUGCUGACUGGCAUCGACGCAGAAAACUCUCCGGCCGGCCUCGGUCGCGAAGAGCCCAGCGGACUCGCGAAGCCC